AUGUAUCUGUUUCAGUGUAUUCGGUCAGUCAGAACUGUUCAGGAAAAUACUACUGCUCCAGCUUCAACACCAGCAGCUCUUAGCUCUGCCGCACAACCCGUGACCCAACCUUCUGGUACUGCCGCCGCUCCCCAGGGCGCUACUGCUGCGGCUCCUCCUCGAUCAGCACCUUCUAUUCCAACCAGGCAGUAUCUCGAUCAGACUGUGGUGCCAAUUCUUCUACAGGCGUUGGGAGCACUUGCGAAAGAACGACCGGAAAGUCCAAUCGACUUCUUAAUCAACUUCCUUAUUAAAGAAAAGGAACGCUAUCAGCCGUCAACGGAGAAUGUCUCGUAA